AUGAAAAAAAUAGACGGGAAUGGUGAAAAAUAGUUAAAGGAUGUUGAAGGGAAUUCAGCAUCAAUGAAUUAUCCUAUACCACUCGAGUUUGAUAGCAAAAAAAACCAUCCUAAUUAUCUAAAAGGCAAAAGUAAAGAAAAUCAAAUUACAUCAAUAGUCCAAUAAGAUUAAAAAAAUCGCAAGCCAGUUUAGGUUAGUAUUGAUCGCCCUUUAGAAGGCAAAAGAUUCUUGAACAAAGAAAAGAACUCAUAAAAAAUAUUUUUAUAAGUAAGAAAUGAUAAUGGAAGUGAAAACAGCAGUUGUGAAUUAGGAAAUUCAAAUUCAGAUUGCGAAUGUGCAAAAAAUAUGAUCCCUAAAAAAAAUAUCGAAAUAAAAAUAAAUCGAAAAAGAAAAAAGAAGACUGAUACAACUCCAUUUUAUGAUUAAAUCAUCUACCAUGAUCCAAGAAUGAGGAGGAUAAACUUCGUUUACAGUUCAUCUGGAUCGUCAGAUUCUGAAUAUGAAAGGGUUUUUAUAAAGAAAGAAGAAAUACCUGAAAAAAAAUAUAAAGAUAAGCCAUCAAAAAAAGAUCCAUCAGAAAAAGAAAUCCCAUUACCAGAGCACAUUCUUGAAUGUCCAAUUCAGCCCCUUCCUAUUCCAAAAGUUGAAAAAUUACCAGAAGUGAAAAAACCAAAAUAGGAAAAACCUAUUAAAUAACCAAAGAUAUAGAAAUACCGCCCAAAACCUCCAGAAGAAGAAUGGGCGAAAUAUGAAACCCCAAACGUUGUACAUCCAUAUUAAUUAAAAAAACCUUAAAAGCCAGUUGAAAAACAAAAAGACUCUAAACCAAUUUAUGGGAAACCAAGAGAAAGAGUUGAAUUUAAAGCUCCAAAAGCGUAAGAAUAAGCAAAUGAUUUUAUUCCGAAAGCUCUUCCAACUCAAAAUGCAGCACCAUUAAAAGAAAAACAAAAAAAGAAAUAAAAAAAAUAGAAUCAAUCAUCAUCCGGCUCAAGUUAUUGUUAUGAGUGUGAGUGCUUAAGCGAUGCAUGUGAUUGUUGA